AUUAUUUUGACUCCAAGGCAACUAUGAUUGUGUUGGGAUGGUUCUUGUUCCAAGUUGUCUUGGCGGCCCUCCCAGUUGGCAGGGUCAUAUCCGGACUCCCUGUCAGAGGAUCACAGAAACUCAAGUACAGAUGCAAUGGUUCCAUAGCACUGGUGUUGAGUCUUGUAGCCAUGGCUGUUGGCCAUGCUUACUUCAAGGUGAACUUGGCUGUUGUUCACACUCUGUGGCUCCAGUUGAUUUCUGCUGCCACAGUGUUGUCCCUUGUUCUCAGUGUGGUCCUGUACAUCCAGGCCAGGAAAGCCAAACCAAGUGCUGUGGCACCUGAAGCCACUGGUAAUAUUUUGGUUGACUUCUGGGUGGGGCGCGAGUUGAACCCUCGUAUAAGGACAUUUGACUGGAAACUCUUUAUGAUACGUUUUGCAUACCUCAGCAUGUUGGCUGUUGAUGUGAUCUUUUUGGUUGAGGCAUACACUGGCAAAUCAGGGAUGUCAAACUACCCAUUCCUUCUGGUAGCUGGUGUGCAGGUUUUGCACUGUGCUGUCCAAGUACUGAAUGAGGAUAUGUUUCUGACUAUGCCUGACAUAACCAAGAUGGGGCUUGGAUUCAUGUUCAUCUAUGGAUUCAUGUUGGCAGGACCAUUUGGUUCUUCCAUCCAGGCACGAUAUCUAUUAGAGCACCCUCAAACUCCACCAUUGUGGGCACUAGCUAGUGUGGCUCUGCUAAACUUGUUUGGUUUCAUCCUUUAUCAGUCAACAGUUUCACAGAAUGCCAGAUUCACAAGGAACCCCUAUGACCCAACAUUAUCACACUUGGAGAGCAUGCCGACCAGUGUCCCAGGGGAGCGGCUGCUUGUGUCAGGAAUGUGGGGAAUGUGCCGCCAUCCUCUAUACUUUGCAGAACUUGUUUUGAUAUAUGCAUGGUCACUGGCUUGUGGUUUCUCCACUCCACUGGUCUACGUCUUCCCAGUUUUGAUGACACUGCUGUGUAUGGACAGUGUGCGCAAGGAAGAGGCUGAGGCCAGUAAGAAAUAUGGCUCUACAUGGGACCGCUGUUGCCAGCGUGUGAAGUACAAGUUAAUUCCAUUUGUUUAUUAAAUGCUUCAAACAGACAGCAGAGAAGAUUGGAUCUGAAUAUGUACAAUAUUAUUCCUACCUUGUUAGAUUGUAAAUUAUUUUCGAGACAUUUGUUGCUUGAAUUCAUACGUUGUAUGAAAUUAUGACAAAGAAACUGCCCUCGCCACAAUGAAUGACUAUUUCUUUAAGACUUACAUAAUUUUAAAUGUUGGUUACCGAGAAAGUUUGUUCAUCAUUUCUUGAAUGUCUUUUUUGUGCAAAAGACAGUGAUGAACUGUGAAAAGAAUUUACUUGGGAUUCAACAGUUUUAAUAUAUUUCAGAAAUAAUAGACAACAUUUCAUAGCUAGAAAGUCAGUAUUACUUUUUAACAUAUUUAUUAUUUAUCUUUUAAUGAUAGAAUUUAAUAUUUUAUAAAGAGCUUUUUUGUUUGUUUGGCAUAUAAUAAAUGCAAUUCUAACAUGAAAUUUGGAAACAACUUACUAUUUACUAUCAGCAUUCUUUAUUAAUGUAAAACUUGUGUUAGAUAUGUGAAUAUUGAUGUACAUUUUAGGAGUUUGUUGUGUAGAACACCAUGUAAUGUAAGUUGAUAUCAGCCUGUUAUAUUUUCAAUUUUACACAUAGAUGGAAACUUUAAAAUUGUUACUGUAAAAAACAGAUAGAAGGAAAGGUGGUUGAAACCAUACAAUGCAUUGUUAUGACCAUAUGGAUUUUUUAACUGCACACUGCUUCUAGUGCACAAAUGUGUAUAUGCUUGUUUGAAGUGCCCAUCAAAUCAACAUAUUGCUUUAUUACCGACUUGCUUUUUACACAGUUUACAGAGAAAUUGUAUUUCUUGGUGAACUCAGGGGUUUUAUAAAAUCAAUUUAGAAAUGUAAAUAAGUGUGUUCUUUUGCCAGAAAUAGCUGUACAGUUUGUAUUUUUGCCUAAAUAAAAAUUUUUCACUUUUCCCA